AUGGAUACUGUCAUAGAGGUUGUCUCCGGUGCGCAUUUCUCCGGUUGGCAUCCUUCAACAUCAUCUUCUACUUCUCCAAGAUCUUCUCGUCACCCCUUCAUCAUCGGUGUCUCUGGAGGCACUGCAUCGGGGAAAACGACAGUGUGCGACAUUAUCGUUCAGCAACUGCAAGAUCACAGAGUUGUGCUCCUCUGUCAGGAUUCAUUCUACCGCGGUUUGACGAAUGAUGAGUUGAAACGCGUUCAUGAGUAUAACUUUGAUCAUCCUAAUGCGUUUGACACAGAGCAACUUGUAGAAACCCUCGGUCAGCUCAAAUCUGGACAGUCGGUUCAAGUUCCAAUAUAUGAUUUUAAGCUUCAUCAGAGAUCAACCGACAAAUCCCGACAGGUCAAUGGAUCUGAUGUAAUCAUUAUGGAGGGUAUAUUGGUUUUUCAUGAACAACGUGUCCGUAACAUGAUGAAUAUGAAGAUAUUUGUUGAUGCAGAUCCAGAUGUAAGGCUUGCCCGCAGAGUAAAACGUGAUACAGUUGAGAGGGGUAGAGAUGUACAAUCUGUACUGGAACAGUAUGCAAAAUUUGUUAAGCCAGCUUAUGAAGAUUUUAUACUUCCUUCCAAAAAAUAUGCCGACAUAAUCAUACCUCGUGGGGGAGAGAAUCGUGUAGCAAUUGACUUGAUUGUUCAACAUAUCCGCACUAAGCUUGGCCAACAUAACCUCUGCAAGAUAUAUCCGAAUGUGAAUGUUAUUCAGUCUACCUUCCAGACUAGAGGCAUGCACACUCUUAUUCGUGAUAGGGACAUAUCAAAGCAUGAUUUUAUUUUUUAUUCAGACCGGCUAAUUCGUUUGGUAGUGGAACAUGGUCUUGGUUACUUGCCGUUUACAGAGAAACAAGUUAUCACACCUACAGGAUCAAUUUAUACGGGAGUUGAUUUUUGUAAGAAAUUGUGCGGAGUAUCCAUUAUUCGAAGUGGCGAAAGUAUGGAAAAUGCUUUGCGUGCUUGCUGUAAAGGAAUAAAGAUCGGAAAAAUUCUCAUUCACCGCGAUGGUGAUGAAACCCAGCUUAUUUAUGAGAAGCUUCCUAAAGAUAUUUCGGAGAGACAUGUUCUUCUCAUGGACCCAGUACUUGGUACAGGUAACGCUGCCAGCGAAGCAAUCGAGCUUCUUAUAAAGAAGGGAGUUCCAGAGUCCCAGAUAAUAUUCCUUAACCUCAUUUCUGCUCCUGAGGGCAUUCAAUGUGUAUGUAGACGUUUUCCGCAUCUGAAAAUUGUCACAUCGGAGAUUGAAGAAGGAUUGAAUGACCACUUCCGGGUCAUACCAGGGUUGGGAGAAUUUGGUGACCGUUACUUUGGUACGGACGAUUCUUAG